AAUUUUUGCUUGUCAAGCGUAAGAUGAGAAGAUUGAUACCACUCUGAAGUGGUAUCAAUCUUCCCCCUCACAAAAAUAUCAGCAGAGCACUGCCAUUUGCUUACCCUGUAAUUGUGGGAUCUAUAUGUAAGCAUUUCUUCACUCAGGCAACUCUGUAUAAAAACAUCAAAUGAAAUCCUAAACUAAAAUACAAAAAAAGGACUGUACAUGUUAAAAUCUUUGCUGUAUGUUUUCUUCUCUUUCUUUAUCAGGAGGACUCAAUGAGAAGAAUCAGGAGAAACAGCCAGGCUCUCCUCCAGGAUCUCUUUUACAGGGGGGUCCACGGAGGAGACAGAGAUACUCCUAUUCCAGCUCAGCCUGAUAGAGAUGCUAAAAUGAUCCACUCAAUCGCCAGCCUGAUCAGAGCAAAGAGCAAACUCCUCGUCCUGGAGAAUCCUGACACUGUGGAGAUCUACAAGCUGGAUGAUGCAACAGUCCAUCCUAGCAGAAGUGGUAAAGACGAUGUUUACCUCCCAGCCAUCACAACGAAGGCAUCAAGUCUAAACUCAAUGGGAGGGUCUCUGAGUCAUUCCUGCCCUUACCUGUACGACAAAAGAAGAGGAUCUUUCUCCUCAGUUGCCUCUCAGAGAACUGGAGGUCACCCUAAAAAACAGAGUCACCUAAAGGCACAAAGAGAGGCAAAGAAAUCCAACGUCACCGUGACAAUGACCUACCUAGGACAAGGCCGUCGGGGGUCAGGGUUGGGGUCAGGUCAGGACGAGCUGAAAGUACUCCAGCAAAUCAAUGGAGGGGAGAAUAUCUGUGUCUUCAAAGGCGUGGUGACUCCAGGAGAGCAGUUUCAGUUUGUCUCUCAGAGACACAGAGGUUUCCCCUUCAGUGCCACCUUGUACGUUAACGGCAUCAUGGUGGCCAGAAUCAGUUCGUGCUGCGAGUACCGCUACGCUCCCGGCUUCCAGCAGGGCAGGAAGAGCUGCUUCAGAUUGGCUUGGCAGGCAGGUGGCCUACCCUGUUACAGAUGCACAAGUCUCCGAAACAAAUACAGCUCCUGCCAGCAGCUGAACAACAGCACAAAGGACAACUUAAUUCUCCCUCUAGACAAGAGCCCUGGCAAUGGCACCAUCGAGUCGUGUCCAUCAUCCCCUCUCUUUAUCCCAGCCAAACCCGAAAGGAAAUCAGGGAGGAGAACAAGAAAACAUAUCAAGGAAGGCAGUAGGGGAUCUACAGACAGCGAAGACCCUGCUGUAGCUGGGAUUAAAGAGACUUCCAAGAAGAAACGACGCAAGGGUCAAACUAAACAGAAAGAGAGCAAAGGCAAAACAGCUGGAAAUAAGAGGGAAGAGGGACAGGACAGCAAGGGCUUGGAGGGCACGCACAGGUCAACAGUGACUGAAAAAUGUGAAAACCAAGCAUCGUCUGACAGACGAGAACAUAAGCAGCAGAAACCAACCAGCAAUGUCACAGAGCCGCAGAAAGAGCAGCCGCGAUCAAACAUGACAAGCAAAGUUCUCGAUUCAUUGCAGGAUGAGGAAACAGUGACUAAGCAGAACAGAGAGAAACAGAAGGAGCUGGGAUCAAAUGGGAAAAGCAGAGAUGGGGAAAGACUGAAGGACUUCUAUGAAGAAUGUGUGGAAAUGAGCACGGUGUUGGAGCAGGGCCUAAACAAACACAACUGGUUCAAGGCAAACAUCCUGGAGAGAUGCCGGCUCCAGAAGAGGCUGUCAUCGUGCCCCAAAUCUCCAGGCUCGGAUGUGGAGCCCAGUGCAGAAAGUGAUACAGUCCUGCAGCCUGAUGGAGAGCCAGAGGAAGUAGAGGACACUGCCAGCCAGAGUGCUGGCAAAGAAGAGCCUGUUAAAGAACAAGACCUGCAGGCGCAGCUCCACGCCAUGAUGACGGUGCUGAGCACAUCCGAUGAGGUGGAGCAGCUGGUUCUGAGGAACACGGACCUGACAGACGACCUUCUGCUGAGCCUGGCGGAGGCCUUGAAGAGCAGCCUGUCCAAGGUCACACUGCUCAACCUCAACCUCAACCUCAUUGGCCCGUAUGGAGCCCACAUCCUGCUGGACGUUCUGAGAGUGAAGCCUCAGAUCAGAGGCUUACACUUGUUUGGAAACAAACUGCGUGACCAUGGACUGCUGACCCUGUUGAAUGGAAUAGCUGAGCUGCAGGAGCAAACAGCGAGAGCUGCUGCUGCCAUCCAACAGGCCAUGCUUUUCCCAUCGGAGCAGAAUAUGCUUCUGCAGCUCCCCACCGGGUGGAGCUCUUUCAGUGUUUUUGCACUUUUGGAACUAGAUCUUGGGGGAAACGGCUUGAGCAGCGAAGGGGUGAAGGUGUUAGCAUCAUACAUGAGGCACCACUCUUAUCUUCAGUACUUAGGGCUGGCGCAGAAUAGCGGCGCCGAUCUGGCGGCGUGGAAGGAACUUUUCGACAGCCUCAAAGGAAACCGCUCGCUGACUCAGGUCAUCCUAGACGAGAACAACUUGGGAGACCCUGGGGUCAGGCUGCUGGCUGACAUGCUGAAAGAGAACGUGAGUCUGCGGAAGGUGGAUCUGGACAGGAACGGCAUCAGCGACGUGGGAGGAAACGACAUCAUGGGCGCGUUGCUUUGCAGGACGCAGCAUUACCACUCCUGACUCCACACCUCCUACUCUGCUAAAACUGAUUCCAGUGUCAUCUUAUUGAAUAAUUUGCUGCUUCCUGACUAAAAAGAAACCAAAGUGAUUCAUUCCACCCACAGUAUUUACAGGUCAUGGAUGACUUACCCACAACUUUCCACCCCUCCCAGAACAUUUUAGUAGCCACCUUGAGACCCCCGUUCCUCCACUCUUACAAAAAAGAGACUUAUGGACAUCUAAGCUAUGCCACGUCAACUACCCUUAUUCUGUCAUUCUUGUCUCUCUUCGUGUGCUAGACAAAGCAUCUAUUCAGACUCUAAGCGUGGUGUGUGAAUUUCGAGGCCGUCAUCUCAUUGUUCUAUCAACACAGACAUUCUGAGAAUAACUGUACCUGUGAUCAAAGCUUGUCAAAGUGGUAAUUAUCUCCUCCUGUCAGGGCUGCCAGUAGUGACUCUGCUGAAACCAAUCCCUCCAUAUUUCAUCUGCAGUCUUUGCGAAUUUCUGUCUGUGGAAUCCCGAUAAAGACGCUCUCCGAAACCCCCGGGAGGAUGACAGAUAAACGAGACUGGCGCACCUGAAGAUUACAUCUGCAGACGUUGUCUUGUUCCGCUGUAUCAGACUGAAUAAGCUUCUGUUGUGGCGUACAUUCAAAACUCUGUACAGCAAA